CUACGACAUCAAGUGCAAGCUGAUCGACAACGCCGUGUCGAUGGACAAGAACGUCGCCUUCACGCACUGGCGCUCGCGGAUUGUCAACAAGGUGAGCGCUGCGCAGCAGCAGCGGCCGCAGAGGUGUGGGGCGCGUGGCGGCAACGCUGGCCCUGCGUGCAGCAGCAGCGGGGGGCCGAGGGGUGGUGUGGCUGCAGUGGCGGCGCUGCGGCAGUAUUGA